AUGACUUCGACAAUUGACUCUCAAUCCGAUUCGCACCAAAUACAGAACUAUGUCAAAUCGGCACUACGAUCUGAACCAGCUACAUUGCAGAAUCUUGACAGCCAUAGUACCAUUGUCAAGCAAAUUAUCAAGCAAAUGCUAGAUAGGAUUGGCUUUGAGCCUCACAAAAUACCGUUCGCCGUGGACAAGGAAGUCGAAGCACAAAUACGCGAAAACCUCACCACGCUGGAUCUGGAUUCCAAGUCCUUCCAACAAGCCGAGAAAAGAUUACUCAUAUCUGUCAACCUGACUCAUCAAUCAUGCACAGGUCUAGCACGGGAUGCGAAAGUGCUCAUUGCAAUGCAUACUCUUUACAUCUUCCUAGUCGAGGAUUUUGCAGAGGAUUUUAUGGACGAUCUGAUGGAAUUUGGUCAACGAUUCAUCCUUCAUGCACCACAUAAUAGCUCUAUUCUACAGGCCUUUGAUGACCAUCUACGAACUCUAGAGACCUAUUACGGGCCUUACAGUGCGACUGCAAUGGUGAAGAGCUCCCUCGAAUUUGUGGCUGGUUGCGUUAUUGAGCACCAGAUGGUAGCUUCGCAGUUUCACUUUUCACCCGCGAAGAAGUUAGCCCCGGUGUUUCUACGCCCCAGGGUUGGCGCCUCGGAAUUUCUGGCUCAUACGGCUUUUGAUCAAGCUCGAUUUCCCGAAGAUCAGUACCUGCUCCAGUACCUCCCUGCCAUUCCGGCCAUGAUGCAGUUUGCGGAUUACAUCAACGAUGUGCUCUCUUACUAUAAAGAAUUUGUUCUUGCGGAUGAAAAGUUCAACUUUGUAGACAAUUUUUCCAAAUCACAUGGCUUGAGUCAUAUUCAGGUCCUACGCGGCCUGGCCGAUCAUACGGCAGAGGUUCAUGCAUCUGGCCGUCAGGCGGUGUCUCAUGAUCCUAAGCUGGUCGAAGCCUACGAUCAAUGGAUUCUAGGCGAAAUUCAGCUCUUCACUGCCCAUAAGCGAUAUCAUCUUGUUGAAUUGUUUGCUCCAGAGGGUUACCUACCUCCAUAUCACGAAAACUCUUAG